UACACAACGCAAACUCGAACUAAAUAGUUGAAGUAAAACUAAAUGCGACGCUCAGACAAUUGUUGUUUUGGUGCUUUUGUGUAGUUUUGGAGAGUCUGGUAAAACAGGCGCUCGAGCGGUGACGGGGGGAAGGGACGGACGGACGGGCCACUCGGAGCUCUCGUGCUCCAGCAACUCUGCGCGCUCACUUUAAUCUUACUUUUCUCCUCCUUAUCGAUGCUGUUUUAAAGGAAAACCCAGCUUUCCCGUUACCGCAUGUGUUACGUGGCACCAGAAGACCCAAAAGUGUCGGCCAGGGAUUGAAUUUUGCUGCAGAAAGCGAUUAAAAUGUAUCCCAUUGGAGCAGCUGGUGCUACUGAGCUGUUUCAGGGACGACCGUCUUCAGGGUCAGAUGUUUCUGCUCCCGCGUCUCCUCCACCACCACCAGAAUAUGUCUUCAAACCACCUCAGCGGCCAGACUUUGGCACGAUGGGUAGGACAAUCAAGCUGCAGGCCAACUUCUUUGAGAUGGAAAUUCCCAAGUUGGAGGUUUACCAUUAUGAAAUAGACAUCAAGCCUGAGAAAUGCCCACGGAGAGUUAACCGUGAAAUAGUUGAGCACAUGGUCCAGCACUUUAAAACGCAGAUUUUUGGAGAUCGAAAGCCUGUGUAUGAUGGGAGGAAGAAUCUCUACACUGCCAUGCCUUUACCCAUUGGAAGAGACAAAGUGGAGCUGGAGGUCACGAUUCCAGGGGAGGGAAAAGACAGGAGCUUUAAAGUUGCUAUAAAGUGGAUGUCCUGUGUCAGUCUGCAAGCUCUGCAUGAAGCACUGUCCGGACGGCUACCAAACAUCCCUUUCGAGACCAUUCAGGCUCUGGACGUUGUCAUGAGACAUUUGCCCUCAAUGAGGUACACCCCAGUUGGCCGUUCAUUCUUCACUCCCUCGGAGGGCUGCUCCAACCCUCUUGGCGGAGGAAGAGAAGUUUGGUUUGGCUUUCAUCAGUCUGUUCGACCAUCACUCUGGAAGAUGAUGCUCAACAUUGAUGUGUCUGCCACUGCGUUCUACAAAGCUCAACCCGUCAUUGAAUUCAUGUGUGAGGUUUUGGAUUUUAAAAGCAUCGAAGAGCAGCAAAAGCCCUUAACAGAUUCCCAAAGAGUGAAGUUUACCAAGGAGAUCAAGGGUUUGAAGGUUGAAAUUACUCACUGUGGACAGAUGAAGAGGAAGUACAGAGUGUGUAAUGUGACAAGGAGACCAGCCAGCCAUCAAACGUUUCCCUUGCAGCAAGAGAAUGGUCAGACCAUUGAAUGCACUGUCGCCCAGUACUUCAAGGAUAAAUACAAACUGGUGCUGCGAUACCCACAUCUCCCAUGUUUACAAGUUGGUCAGGAGCAGAAACACACCUACCUUCCGUUGGAGGUCUGUAACAUAGUAGCCGGGCAGCGAUGCAUCAAGAAACUGACAGACAAUCAGACCUCCACUAUGAUACGUGCCACAGCCAGGUCUGCGCCUGACCGUCAGGACGAGAUCAGCAAACUGAUGAGAAGUGCCAACUUCAACACUGAUCCUUAUGUGCGUGAGUUUGGAGUCAUGGUAAGAGACGAUAUGACUGAAGUCAAUGGUCGGGUCCUUCAAGCACCUUCAAUUCUCUAUGGUGGAAGGAACAAAGCAAUAGCAACCCCAGUCCAGGGCGUGUGGGACAUGAGGAACAAGCAGUUCCACACAGGGAUUGAAAUCAAAGUUUGGGCCAUUGCCUGCUUUGCCCCACAGAGGCAGUGCACCGAACUCCUGCUGAAGGCAUUCACUGACCAGCUUCGUAAGAUCUCACGUGAUGCUGGGAUGCCUAUUCAGGGCCAGCCAUGCUUUUGCAAAUAUGCCCAGGGAGCAGACAGUGUGGAGCCCAUGUUCAAACACCUCAAGUACACUUAUCAAGGCUUACAGUUGGUGGUGGUCAUCUUACCCGGAAAGACUCCUGUUUAUGCUGAGGUGAAGCGUGUUGGAGACACUGUUCUCGGCAUGGCCACGCAGUGUGUCCAGGUGAAGAAUGUGCAGAAGACCACACCUCAGACCCUUUCUAACCUCUGCCUCAAGAUUAACGUCAAACUGGGUGGAGUCAACAACAUUCUUCUUCCACAGGGCAGGCCCUUGGUGUUCCAGCAACCAGUCAUCUUUCUGGGUGCAGAUGUGACUCAUCCUCCAGCUGGAGAUGGCAAGAAACCCUCAAUUGCUGCUGUUGUUGGCAGUAUGGAUGCCCACCCAAGCAGAUACUGUGCCACAGUGCGGGUGCAGCAGCACCGGCAGGACAUCAUUCAAGAUCUGGCAACCAUGGUCAGAGAGUUGCUCAUCCAGUUUUACAAAUCCACACGCUUCAAACCAACACGCAUCAUCUACUACAGAGACGGCAUCUCUGAAGGCCAGUUUAACCAGGUUCUACAGCAUGAGCUGCUGGCUAUUCGUGAGGCCUGCAUCAAGCUGGAGAAAGAUUAUCAGCCGGGUAUCACCUUCGUAGUAGUACAGAAGAGACACCACACCAGACUCUUCUGCAUGGACCGGAACGAACGGGUUGGAAAGAGUGGAAACAUCCCUGCUGGCACCACUGUCGACACCAAAAUUACUCAUCCAUUCGAGUUUGACUUUUAUCUUUGCAGUCAUGCUGGAAUUCAGGGAACCAGCAGGCCGUCCCACUAUCACGUGCUGUGGGACGACAACCAUUUCACCUCUGAUGAGCUGCAGGUCCUCACCUACCAGCUGUGCCACACCUAUGUGCGCUGCACCCGUUCUGUCUCCAUUCCUGCACCAGCCUAUUACGCCCACUUGGUGGCAUUUCGCGCCCGCUACCACUUGGUUGACAAAGAACAUGACAGUGCUGAAGGCAGUCACACAUCAGGUCAGAGUAACGGCAGAGAUCAACAAGCCCUGGCCAAAGCUGUGCAGAUCCACCAGGACACACUGCGCACCAUGUACUUCGCCUGAACAAAGCCAGAACCAAGCCCCACAAUCCUGAAAACAGCACGGUGUAUGUGUGUGUGUGUAUAUGCGUGUGUGUAAUUUUAAGUGUUAUACAAACAAGACCCUUCAAAUGGAGACAAAAUGAUAAUCACCAUGCUGUUCGAUUUUUAAUCGCCCCUUUAUUCAAUUUCCAAACAUACUUAAUAUCCACCAAGUUGACAUGUGAAUUCAUUUAUCUUUUAUUUUUGUUCCUCAUUUGGUUUGGUGGGCAUGGUUGUGUAUCUCUGUUGUGCAUGUCAGAUUAGAAGUUAACACGUUUACAUAGUCAAUCCCAAAAAAUUCUGACUAUUUUUACACUGAAAGUUACAUUUGCAUCCAGGUGGGCUUGAUUUAGGACUAUUGCCAAGGCAGGUGAUGGAGACUGUUGAAUAGUAGUUUUUACAAACUCAUCAAACCAAUGGAUUCGGGUCAGUUUAGGACUUCACGGAUCAGGUUUUAGGGCUUGUGGCGAUGCAGUUUCCACAGCUAAAUUAUUUAUCAGCGAACGCAAGUGCACUGACCAGAAGGGGACUUCAGGACAAAAGUACUUAUCCUGUUUUAUUUCAUUUACUUGUGCUAAUAUGAUUUGUUUUCUUUUCUUCAUGUAGUGGUGUGAUUUAUUGUUCAGUCCAGGGCUCAGUCGACCUACUGCGUACCUGUCCGCCAAUGAUCAUGUGUCAGUGCAGAAUCAUGAACGCUUUUGGAUGUGGGAAUGUAGGAAUUGUUUUGACAAUCAGUUUUCUGCCGCUCAUUUGAGACUGGUUCUCAUUUGUUUUUCCUGUGCCGGGUUCUCCGUGCCGAAACUGCUCAGUACUUUGGAUUAAUGGCCUGGAAAGUACUAAUAUCUUGCAUUGAGCAUUUAGAUGAGAUUAUAUUUCAAUUUUACUGCCAUGAGCAUUUUCGCUGGGUUGUCCGCUGUGAUUGUAACAACCUAAAUUUUCGGUUGGAGAGUGAUUCUUUUAUUUGUCACAUCGAAAUUCAAUCGCGUUAAACUUUAAGCACCGUUUCGUGUCCAAAAUGUUUCCCAAAAUGAAACUUGUGGUGACUUUUGUCAGUAAUAUUGGGGAAUGUGGAGCCCUGUGAUUUUUUUUGCUUGGUUCUUUGUGCUGUUUCCAGUGGUGAAGUUUGACUGUGUUUUGCUGACAACACCGUCGUCACACUCCAGCAGGCAAUCAAGACUUUUAAAGAACGAUACAAAUAUCAGAUUUUUCACACAACGAAGUCAGAAUGAAAAUUUCAAAUGCACCUUAGUUUUUUUUUCCUAGAUUAUAACUUGGAAGUUCCCAUGAUGACAAUUGUUCGUAUCUCUUCCUAACACUCUAGAUAGUUUCUAGAGAUUUAAUCUUUCAUUUAGAGACCUUUCAUAGAGUCAUGAGGCGAGCGUUGAGGCGUUUAUUACUUAAAUAAAUAGAAAACAUUUAUUUAGUGUGAACCAGUCCAAAUGGAGUUUGAUUUGAAGCGCAAUACGUUGUCUGUGUGUGUCGGUGAACUGAUUUCUUGUAAACGGCCUUCUAAAGCAUAUCAUGACGUGUAGUGGUCGAUCUAUCGAGUCUUGUUAGUGAAUUAACCGUAACAUCACUUCCCCAAAUAAUGCUUCAAUUCUGAACUUGAAAUUCUUGGGAAUUUUUAACCAUCUUUUUUCUAACUAUGCAUUCUUAACCAAGAGAUUCUAGUGGUAUGUUUGUGUAUAUGAAUUAUGAAUUUAGAACGUUUGUAAUGUAGUCCUUUUCAUGCCGGGUACUUUUAGUAGUGUAAAUAGUUCCAGCCCUGUACCCGCUGUAGCAGUAUUAGCUUACAGAAUACUCUAUUUUUAUUAACAAUUGGAUGUUCUUUAUAUGGCUCUCAAUUAUUCCUGUUAGCCAAACAAGAUUACUAUGUACUUGUAGUGGGUGUCCUACCAUAACUGAAGCACAAUAGGACAUAAUUAUUGUAGGUGCUAGAGUUUAUUCUUGAGACUACCAUUUGUUUUGUUUGUUUUUUUAUCGUCACCUUUUAAACGAGAAGCAUAGAGUGCUUGUUUGUUUUAUUUUAUUUUAAUCUACGACACAUUACCCAACAGACUGUGUAUGAGGGGCAUUUUAAUUUAUCUUCCAAUACUUGACUAGAGUUAUGUUAUUGUUUGGCGCUGAUCUCGUAACUCGUGAAAUUUAGAUGCACUUUUUUUUUAAGAGCAAUGGACACAUCCCUAGUUUGCCCUCGGUGGCUAAAUGGAUUUUGUGUAUGCUAACUGUGUGCAGUUGUGUGGAAAUGACUAGAUGUCCUACCUCUUGUUACCUGUUACUUGCAUUAUGGUAACAUUACCGCACUGGUCAUUUCCUCAUAAUUGCACAAACCGUCUGUAAGUGGAAGUUGAAAAUCUUGCUCUAAAGUGGCAUCUUCGUUUAUUCAUGCUUGUUCAGAGGCCAUACCUGCUGCCAUUUAGCCUAGAUGCUUAUUGUUUUAUUGAUAGUUUUAAGCUAUGUAUUCAAAGCUACGAUUGAGUGCUGCAAGUUUCAAAUGUCGAACGUUUGAUGUUUCGUAAGUCAGACGUGAAUCCAAAAAGAAUAUGCUUGGGUGUGCACCAUUAAAUGUACCUAAAUGUAUAGCGUGAAUUCCAGUUGAUCGUUUUCUGCCCUUUAUAAUUCGCAGCGUGUUGUUGCUUUUAUCCAUGUACUCGUUUGAAUGUGUCACGUAGUUUUCCUGUAUUUUUUUAAAGGUUUGAAUAAUAGUAUUUAUCUUUUAGCAUCAGAAACGUGAGAUGAAAUCAUCGGCAAAACUACUUCAUCGAUUUUUCUCUUGAACAAUCAGAUUUUGUUUUUCUUAGAAACCAUUAUAUUUCAUUCUCAUGAACUGCUCUGUUUAGAUGUUUUCAGAAGUUACUGAGUUUUUAGUAUUUGAACCUGUUUAAAAUCAGCACCUUAGUCAAAAGGUCUACAACAUAUGCAAUUUCUCAAGUAUGAAAUAUGAGAUGUUUUUGCACUAUAUCAGAAGAGGUGUUAAUAAUUUGUGGAAGGUUAGAGAGGAGAAGAACCAUCAAGUUUAGAUUAGUCUUGGCCUCGUUUCUUUGUUCAUGUACAAUCAUAUUGGCACUAACCUAUUCAAAGUUAGAAGGUCUUGAGUUCUUACGCUAUGCAAAAACUCAUUUCCAUUUAGAGCCGUCGCUCUUUUUAUACAUGGUGGUCUUGCGAAAUAAGUUGCGUUUACCAAAUUGAGACUUCCCAAAUCCCAUUUCGUGUUUUCUAUUUUCCUCUGUUCAUGAUAACUUUUUAAUGAGGACAUAUGGAAUCUGAUGCAAAUUUUUUUUAAUGAAAUAAUUCCGUUAAAUGCAAAUGACCAAGGACAGAGGGAGAAGGAUGAAGUGUAAGGUGCUGGUUUUGUAGAGACCGUCACGAUAAUCUAUGCUGCAGCAUCUCUGUUUCAGAUCUUAACAGGCACAUAUAGUGUUAACUGAAAAUUGAAAUGGUGCCUCCGAAAGCUUUGAAUUGUUUAUCCGUCAAUGUUAUGCCAUUAACAUUCAAUGGAUCGCUCUUUCAUCAUCAUUUCUAGAUUGUCUCUUGCUGCUUGAGUGAAGCUUGUAUAUUGCUUUGGCGAAGUUCUGUGUGGGGUUACAGUGUCCACAUGCUUCUUUGUUUUCCACUUUAUGGUUUGAAUAAAACUAGUCGAUUGCCCCAGUGACUAUUAUUAAAAAAGCCAGUCUCAUCAAAGAUUAGAGCCCCUAAUCUUAAAAGAUAUAUUUGCUAAUGUAUUUUGCAUUAGAACUUUGCACUAGUGUUCUGAAGCAGAAAUGUAAGCCUCUUUCUUUACAUACCGUGAUAGUUUUGUUACUCUAAUGCUUUUAUAAUUCCUAAGGUGGCAAAUUUCAAAGAUGCCAGCCUUAUGACCUGCUACAACCAUAUGGAUACAAACGAACAGUUUGAAUGUACUUCACAAGCCUGCAUACUGGUUAAGAACAUCUAUUAUUUGAAUCCGUUUGCUCCUUUUUUGUUUGGUUUUAUGCAUGCACAUUGAAAGCAGCUUUGAAUUGUUGGACUUUUUAUCCAUGCAUACUUUGAACUGUAUCUCAAAACUCAUCGUUGCGUUAGAUUAAUAGUGGCAACAUUUGGACAGAUGAUUCAGAAUACACACUGGCACAAAGAUCUGAUGUUUGUGGUGCUGUACUGUAAAAAGUGUACAUAAGGCAGUGUUUUCUGUGUGUUUUUUGCCAUUUACUGAUCAUGUUUGACAGAUUGGAAGGGUUUUUGAGCUAUAAUACAAUACCCAUGUACCAAAUGAGCCAAAUUCACAUUUAUAUGAAGCCCUUUUGCUUUACCAGCAAACACUCUGUGGUGGUCCUGUAAUCAUGGCAGUGGUACUUGUGCACAAACUAAACCACAGAUCAGUUGCCAUUUAGCUAGUUGAUUUAUUUGGGGAAUGACGGCAUACUAGUGUUUCAGAACACUUCCCCUUUACUGUUUUUAAAACGAAUCUAAAUGACCAAAAUUUUCGCAAGGGAUUUAAGUUUUCCAAAAAGAGCACAGUUCCAUUAAUUCAGUACAUGCUAAAAUGUUAUUUAUUCAGAUAUGAGCAGCACAAUAGGUUCUUGUGACUGAUUCAUCGGAAUAAUUGAGAGCUUCAUCAUGACCUGGCUUUUUAAACCAACUUUGGAGAAAGAAAAAAAAAACAUAAAAAAAAACUACCUCAAUAGUGUCAGGUGCUAAUGUUAAAAUAUCCCGUAUAUGUAUAUGUGCUCAUGACAAAGAACAAUAAUUGUGACCAAACAACACAAGCCUAUACUGUGUAUUACGUGUUUAGUUUUUAUUUUGUGUAUGAUGGAUCAACAUGAGGGAUGUAACAAAAUAGCAGCGGACCAAAAUAAAUCCUUUCCCUUUUUAAAAUGUAGUCAUCAAUGUGCAUCAGCUUAAUUCGAGUCCUCUUUUAAGCGGAGCCAUUCUGGAGAACAAAUAGCCAAGAACGAGCGUUCGGGCCAAGAUUGUUGCCAACAUGGUUUCGUUUUGUCAGCCAUCACGUUGAGUUGGUUGAUCUAGAAUUGUGCCAUAUUAUGGAGAACAUACAGGACAGUAAUCGUCCAAUGACCACUGCUGUCUAAAGCAUGUCCGGUGGAGCAUUUUCCUAUAAAGCGGCUUGUCAACCUGUGUCAUCGAUGAGCUGUGGGAGUGCUAGGGUUAUACUUGAUUCUUCUACUUGAUUUAUAUCCAGUAUUGCAAUAAAGAUUUGGCACUCAUCAGAUCCUGAUCCGUUCGAUGAAAGCUCCACGGCGAUUUUUUUUUUUUUUUAAGCUAUCUGUAUUUAAACUGUCAUGUGACGUCGCUACAUUUUAUGAAGGGAAUUGAGUUUUAAUUUGACAUCUCUCAAACUCUGAUUAUGGAUGCGUUGGGGCGUCCUGAUACACUGGCAUUUGAGUUUCUCGAGAUGGAGAGAGCAUAUUAAGGUACAAAAGGUUGUGUGGAAAUCAAUUAGGAUUCUCGUUUCUCAUUGGUGAGCUCAAUAACGUCCAGCGUGUUUUUAUGUCGUGUUUGUGUGCCUUUGGAAAUCUCUCCUGGCCCUGAUCAAGGGACUGUCCUUUUUUUUUUUCUUUCAAUUUGAUGCUCGGCGCCACAUCAUGUAUCAUGCAACCUUUGAGUGAAUGCUGCAUAGAAUGAUCAGUAUUUGUAUUUUGCACUUUCUAAGCAGUUUUAAAGGACGCCCUGUUGUAAUUGGGCGCACAGACUAUUUAAGACGAGGUAUUUUCUGCUACAAUAGGAAUUUUAAGGAACCAUAUGACUCGUUGGUCGAAAAAAAAUAAAGUGUAUAGAUGUGAAGUACCUCAUAAGCCUGAUAAAUGCUGCAUAAACUCUUCAUUUAUUGUUCUUUUGUGAACCUCUUUUAAUUUUUUCAAACUGUUUCCCCCUAUUGGAAGGUUUGAUGUCCACAACAGAGCAAAACACCUUCAUUUAUGAGACUGAGCCGCUCCUUUAAAACCAGUUAUGCACAUCAAAUGCAAGGUUUUCGGUCAUAUUCACUGACAUUGUGAUAUUAGCAAGCCUCUAGCUUUAGCAUUGCAUCACAGCUAUUGGAUACGUAGUGACAUUUGCAGUCAAAAGUUACAGUUGACUCAGGUAUCGCCAUUAAGGGCUGUAUCUGCUUUUGCCUCCCAUUUCCCUCACCUGUGUCUUAAUGUAGCCUUAGAACUGCAUUUAUGGAUGGAUGGAUCAUAAUGAAGAAUAUCUGGCCUUAUAAAAAUAUGCACUAUCAACCACAACAUGCAAGUCACCACAGAUCAGAUCUUUCAUUUUCUGCCAUGAAACUACCUCCGAGAAUGUAGGAGUGUCCUGGAACUGACACAUCGAGUUUCAUUUAGCUUAUAAUCUGUAAUUGACAAUCAUCCUUUUAUUUAGUUUGCUUUAUUAAAUUCGCAGCAUGAAUUACAAACUGUUCAUUCUGGGACGCUCUAGGUUUUUUUAUUAUUUAGUAAAAGCCUGUCCAUGUUGGUCAUGGAAGAGCCAAGCGACCAAAGUUUCUAGCUGAAGGUUUUCUUGCACUGCUUUGUGGCGUCAGACCUUCCUGAUUUCUUUUUAUUUUUAACAUCAGCAAAUUAUCUUUCAUUUCACCUCGUGUUUGCUCCUUUAUAACAUGCCAAAUUAAAUUUGCUGUCAUUCCUGUCAUGGUAAAGUCUUUAAUUUCUGAUUCAUGUGUUUGCAUUCACUGCUAAGCUCUAUGUUGUUGUUUCUUGGUAAUGUAAAGUGAGUUUUUUUUUGCAAAUAAGAUUACAAACCAAGAUAUGCUGUAAACCCUGCUAAGACAUAAUGUGAAAACGUAUCAUUUAAUAUAGCUCACUUUUGCUUGACUGUGUAUUGCAUCAUUUAAUAAAGUUAAUUUCCUCUUAA